UGCUCUGUGGCGGAGUUGUGUUGUGUUGUGAUGGUCGGCGAGAAAGUUUUUUGGCGAAUUCUCUGGCCCGUUUCGCGUCGCGGAGCAAGGAGAGAAGAUCCUUAAGAGAAAUAGCGGGAUCGGAACCCUCGGAAGUCAAUGGGAUAGCCAGCAGCGCGAGUAAGAGCGGAGAUACUUCCAGAAGAUUCUGCGGGAGCCCAGGUUUACGGAUCUUUUCACCAUAUGUAGUUGGGAGAGAAGAUCUGCUGGGCUAUAAACGCCCUUGAAAACUGUCACAGUGUUUGUACAAAAGUGUUUGCGGAUAUUUGCACAGAAACCCUUCUCAUGCAGGUUAAUGACGGGUCAAGGCACCAGGAAGCAAAUCCCAAGACCUUUAAGGAGAUGGAGAAGAUGACAGAGGAACUGCACAUACAGGCAAAGGAACAUAAUGCUAACACGGAGGUUCAGACUGAACGAGAAGAUUUUUCAUCAGAUGAGCACCGUGACACAUCAGAAUCUCCAAGUGAAGAGAGCAAGCAAGAGAAGGAAGAAGAAAAGGAAGAACAGUUAAUGGAAGAAAAGAAAAGGAAAAAAGAGGACAAGAAGAAGAAAGACGCCACUCAGAAGGUUACAGAACAAAAAACCAAAGUGCCCGAAGCGACGAAGCCAAGCCUAAGCCAGCCUCCAACUGCCACCUCAGUUGGCAGUGUUCCAACACCAGCCGGCAACGGUGGUAACAAUGCCAAAAGGGCGGUGGCCACCAACGGCCAGCCACAGAACGCCGCCCGCUAUCUGCCCCGUGAGGUGCCUCCUCGAUUUCGCCAGCAAGAGCACAAAGUGUUACUAAAACGUGGUCAGCCCCCUCCGCCUUCCUGUGGACUUCUUGGAGGUGGGGCGGGGCCUCCUGGGUUGCCAGGAUCAAACCCUGGCACUGCACAACCCAACGGUCCACUGCAGCACGGCAGUACACCAGUGGACACAAACCCUGGGGGUGCUGGUUCAAAUUAUGCAAAUUCUCCUUGGGGUUCUGGAUCAUCCAGCACUGACCUCAACCACGGCUGGGAUAAGUUAAUCGUAGACGGGUCUGAUAUGGAGGCUUGGCCUUGCAUCACAGGCAGAGACUCUGAGUCGGCUUCGGAACACAUAGAUAACGAAGGUGCCUCAAACCUUGGCUCUGAGAAGAGCCAGCCACCUGGAAGUGGCGCUGCCAGGAGUUGCAAAGGAGCUGCAAACCAGUUCGCUGCUGGGGGCGGAAAGAAUGAAUGUAAAAUGGGGGCCUGGAACAUGGGCCUUGUGCCUAAACCCAGUCACGCAUCUUCCAUCUCUUCGGAGAGCAAAGACGGACUUAAUAAUUGGAAAAACUUGAGCAGCCCCGAUGGAGCUGGCCUUGGGUUGACCUUGAACCCAAACAUCAACCCAUCGGCCUGGCCAGUAUUGGGCCAGGAGGGCACUUCUGGAAAAGGGACUUCGGAGACGGACAUUUCGAGCUCCAGUGCACAACUUAGUGCAGUAGGUCAAAGCCCUAGGGAUCAGGAUGGUACUUCUACAAGCGCCUGGGCAAAACAGUCUAAAACGGAAAAUGCGGGUGUUACAUGGAAUGCUUCUGUUGGAGAACAGCCUCAAUUUCAAGCUCUUAACACUGAUGGACCAAAUAAUGGCGACACUAACUCUUUGAAUGCAAGCUCACAGAGCACUGGGAACCCUUUACAAAAUAAGGGAGUGUCUGAAACAACAGGGAAUGGGACCUGGAAUAUGCCCUUAGGAAUGGGUUUGGGAAACCCCUUGGUUUUGAAUCAAUCUGUGAGCACUGAAGCCUCAUCCGAAGGCAGUAUUAGAGGAACUAUGGAGGGACGGGCAACUGGGGGUACUUGGAAUACUGUUUGGGGGUCUUCUGGAACUGAUUCCAUUUCUGGACAAAAUGGUACAGGAGCUGAUGGCAAUAAUGGACGCAGUGGCGAUGAUGCAGCAAAGAAUGGCUCUGGUGUGAAACAAUUACUUGUGAAUAGAUCAAGGACUGAAUCAUGGGACAAUAAUGGUGGAUCCUGGGACUCUGAGACACAAGACCCCAAUAAAGCAAAAAACUGGGGUAAAGGGAACAGAACAGCAUCUGGUAGUGCUCAGGGUUUGUGGGGUCAACAGCCAGGGACUGAUAAUCAGUCAGAAGGAGAUUGGGUUGGCUCUGCUAAGGAACAGAAUUGUGGCACAGGCGGAUGGGACAAUCACAGGGUAAAUCCCCUCCCAGAAAACCAAGGAGAGAAUGCCCAAAUUUCCAACUGGGCAAAAGCCUCUAGUUCCACUGGGAGUGACUCUGGUAGUCGAAGCAACAACAAAAAGGGGGGCUCUGACAACCACCCAGGAGGACGGCGCUCAAACAAGGCUGAUCAUCCUGACCAAGAAGAAGUAUUACAAAGUGUAAUGAACAGGGCUGAUCUAGACCCAAGAGUGCUGUCAAAUACUGGGUGGGGCCAAACUCAGAUAAAGCAGAACACAAUUUGGGAUGUCCAGGAGUCGCCUAGGAAUGAGAGGCGCACAGACAAAGGAACAGAAGGGUGGGAGAGCACUGCCACUCAGAGCUCUAACUCAGGGGGCUGGGGCGAAGGGCCCAGUCAAACCAGUCACUGCACCUCUGGGUGGGGAGAUGCUCCGCAGUCUUCAAACAUCGAGUGGAAGGAUUCAAAGACUCCAAGUGGAUGGGUGGACCCAAAGAACAGUCAAGGUUGGGGAGGUGGAACACCAGAAGAGAAAACACCAUCUUGGAAUGAUGGGCCUAGAAUGAAGGAGCCAGGUUGGGGAGCAAGACAGCAACAAACUCAAGGAUGGCCGGCCAAUAAUGGCUGGGGUGAUGGAAGUGGGCAACCAGCUGAACAACCAAAAUCAGGUGGCUGGGACAGUUCAAACCCGAGAUGGGGUGAAAGUGGUCGUGGUGAUGUAGGAUCUUGGGGAGGUGGUAGUAGUUCCAAUCCUAAUCAAAGAGGUGGGUGGGAGGACCCCCCAAGACACCAGGGAUGGGGUGAGCCAUCCAAAGCAACCACUUCUAAUUGGAGCAAACAGCAGGAUGUGUCUGGUUCCUGGGGCACUGCCUCCAGUAGUAACCGACAGUCAGCACCAGGUUGGGGCUCGGCACCUGUGCCCAUGCCUUCUUCUGCUGUUCCACCUGCAACCAUCCCAACUUUGCCAAAGGAGGAAGAACCUACUGGAUGGGAAGAGCCUUCACCUCAGUCCAUCUCCCGAAAGAUGGAGAUUGAUGACGGCACCUCAGCCUGGGGUGAUCCCAACAGCUACAACUAUAAGAAUGUGAAUCUGUGGGACAAAAACUCUCAAAGUGAGAGCUCUGGAAGUGGGCCGUUGCCUCGUGAGCAGAACGCAUCAAAUGCAGUUACAGGACGUGGCUCCACGUCAAGUUCUGGUUCAAAAUCGAUACAGGAUGGGUGGGGAGGUGGUGAUCGGCCUACUGUGGCAAAUACUCGGCCCCCAAGCUGGGAGGAAGAUGAUGAUGGGCCAAUAGGCUUGUGGAACAGUACUGGAACUCAGGAGAGUAGCUCACCCUACAACUCCUCUAACUGGCCCGCAAGCGGGAAGAAAAUGCACAAGGGCUCCAUGAAAGGUGGGAACAAUGACACAUGGAUAAACCCUCUCUCUACUCAGUUUUCCAAAAUGGGAUUACUGAGGGAGUCUUCCGAAGACAGUGUUGGUAACAAAAUGGACUUAACUGUUGGUGGUCUACCAGACAAAAAGCUGGAAUCUGAUAAAAGAGGAAUGAACAUGGAUUACAAUGGAAUGAUGAGGAAGGAUAGAUCGGGAUUCCGGCCAUCAAAUUCCAAAGAUUCGCCCACCACAGACAGUGGACCCUACUUUGAGAAGCUGACUUUGCCUUUCUCCAAUCAAGAUGGGUGCCUGUCUGACGAGGCACCUAACUCGCCCUUCUCCCCUCCUCCGAGCUGCAAGCUGUCUCCCUCGGGCACUGCUCUACCCACCGCCAACCUCGGCUGCAUCGGCUCUGGUUUUAACAUGCAAAACCUAAACGCUAGACACAAUGGCAAUCAUGGUUUAUUUGGCAGUAGCACAGCACAAUCCAGAGGUGUGCACGCGCCCCAGGUGCCGUCCAUGAAUUCAUCCCAGCCUAACCUUCGGGCUCAAGUGCCUCCGCAGUUCCUGCCCCCUCCUCAGGUUCCUGCCCCUAUGUUGAAGCAUGCCACUCCAAAUGGUGCCCUGAACCCAGCCCUGUUUGGCCUCGGUCCUCAGCUAACCCCUCAACAAAUAGCUAUGCUCAGCCAACUUCCUCAGCUUCCACAGUUGGCUUACCAGCUGUUGCUUCAACAACAGCAGCAGCAGCAGCAGCAAGUUCUGCAAAACCAACGGAAGCUGUCUGCCGCCGUCCGACAACAACAAGAACAGCAACUUGUUCGUAUUGUUAGUGCCCUGCAGCAGCAACAGCAACAACAGCAGCAGCAUCGACACAACAGCACCCCAGGGAUGAAGCAUUCUCCAUCACACCCUGGCAUGCCCAAGCAACAUCUGGAUAAUGUGCCUAGUUCUCUUCCCUCUGGCCUUCCAGACUUCCAGACCAAAGGACAGAUUCAGCCAGGCUACCCAAUGGGCAUGAGCUCAAACAUGAACGUAAACCAGUUAGAUGUCAACAGUAUUGUAGGAAUGAAAGAACCUCAGUCGCAACAAUCACGGCUCAAGCAGUGGACGACUAUGGAUGGUCUCUCUCCUGCCACUCCACCACCAGAUCACAAUCCCUUGAAAAAUGGUGCUAUUUCGAGCAGCAUGGCGCCACCGGUGAAGCCUCGAGAUAGCUUGCCCUAUUAUGAAAUGAUAGCAGGUGAUUCCUUGGCCAGUCAUUCUGGCCCUGCGAGUGAUAACUGGUCCACCCCUAAGCUCUCAAAUGGUUCCAGCGGAUCCAGUUGGCCUCCAGAGUUCCGCCCUGGGGAACCAUGGAAGGGUUUCCAAAACAUUGACCCCGAAUCAGACCCGUAUGCGACCCCAGCGAGCAUGAUAAACAGCUCUGCAGCACCCCCAUCCCCGGACUCGGAACACCAACUUCUCAGGGACAGGAGCACAGGGUCCAGUUCCUCCCUGAACACCUCGCUGCCUUCACCUGGUGCCUGGUCCUAUAGUGCCUCAAACAGCUCCUACAGCACUGUACAGAGCACUUCAGCCAAGUUCAGUGACUUCAAGUCUACGUGGUCUCCAGAUCCAAUUGGACAUCCUAGGAUGUGGAAAAAUCAGAUGUCAUCUAAAAACACUAACCCGCCAACACGGCCGCCACCAGGACUGACCAAUCAGAAACCUCCUUCAUCUCCAUGGGGUAGCGGAGCACCCCGAUUCAGCAGAGGAUGGGGCAUGCAGGAGUCACGAUAUGCCCUUAGUUCUAACUGGAGUGAUGGCAAUUCGGGUGGAUCUGGUCGGGUCAGCUCCUGGCUUGUUCUUCAUAAUCUCACUCCACAGAUUGAUGGCUCCACUCUCCGAACAAUCUGCAUGCAGCAUGGCCCGCUGAUAACAUUCCAUCUGAACCUGACACACGGCACCGCAUUGGUCCGGUACAGUACCAAGCAAGAGGCUGCCAAGGCCCAGACUGCGCUGCACAUGUGUGUGUUGGGGAACACUACCAUCCUUGCUGAGUUUGUCAGUGAAGAGGAAGUCAACCGCUAUUUUGCACAAGGUCAGUUGUCAACACCUUCCCCGGGCUGGCAGACGUUGGAGACAGGACAGAGUCCGAUGGAUCCAGUUGGAAGCAGCCUGCAUACGUUCGGUGGUCGGGCCAGCCUGGGACAGUGGAACAGUGCCGGAGGAGUGGGCAGGGGUAGUGGGAACUUGGCGGGAGCCUCGCUUUGGGCAACCCCAAGCUACACGGCGAGCCUGUGGGGGGCCCCGAAUUCCGACGAUUCGCACCGAAUGGGCAGUCCAGCACCCCUGCUACCUGGCGACCUCCUGGGUGGAGGGGCUGAUUCAAUUUGAACUUUUAAGCUUUCAACCUUUGACCUGUGACCUCGUGAACUUUUUUGAACAGCAGCACUAAUGUGUUUUAUUUUCAAACUGCAAUAAGUUUCAAGACAAGUUUAAAGAAAAAAAAGGAGAAAAAAAAGAAAAAAGUGAAACAAAUUAAGGGGGUCAUCCACAGUCUCUUUUGUGCACAUAGACACCUCCCUCCUAAUUUUCGGCUACUUUUUUUUAAUCAAAAAAAAAUAAAAAACUAAAAACAACAAAAAAAA